AUGGCAAUUAUAACUAUACUGGGGAUAUGUCUGGAUUGUGAUUGUGGAGUGGCAAGUAUAACUAUACUGGGGAGUUGUCUGGAUUUUGAUUGUGGAAUGGCAAGUAUAACUAUACUGGGGUAUUGUCUGGAUUGUGAUUGUGGAGUGGCAAGAAUAACUAUACUGGGGAGUUGUCUGGAUUGUGAUUGUGGAGUGGCAAGUAUAACUAUACUGGGGUUUUCUCUGGAUUGUGAUUGUGGAGUGGCAAGAAUAACUAUACUGGGGAGUUGUCUGGAUUGUGAUUGUGGAGUGGCAAGUAUAACUAUACUGGAGUAUUGUCUGGAUUGUGAUUGUGGAGUGGCAAGUAUAACUAUACUGGGGUAUUGUCUGGAUUGUGAUUGUGGAGUGGCAAGUAUAACUAUACUGGGGUAUUGUCUGGAUUGUGAUUGUGGAGUGGCAAGAAUAACUAUACUGGGGAGUUGUCUGGAUUGUGAUUGUGGAGUGGCAAGUAUAACUAUACUGGGGAGGUGUCUGGAUUGUGAUUGUGGAGUGGCAAGUAUAACUAUACUGGGGUAUUGUCUGGAUUGUGAUUGUGGAGUGGCAAGAAUAACUAUACUGGGGAGUUGUCUGGAUUGUGAUUGUGGAGUGGCAAGUAUAACUAUACUGGGGUAUUGUCUGGAUUGUGAUUGUUGA